AUGCCGAACAUUGGAAGUGGGAAGGGACUGGCGAAUAUUGAGACUCAAAAGAAUGAGCAGAACGUGGUUUGCGACGAUGAGAAAAGUGGUCCAACGGUGAAAGCUCAAACAAUUGACGAGCUUCACUCGCUGCAGAAGAAGAAGUCUGCACCCAACACUCCCAAAGGCUCUCAGCCUGCCACUUUCUUUUCCCUUGCUGAGGAUCAUCGCCACCAUCAGCAGCUACAGUCCAUCAGUGCAUCUUUGGCGUCCCUGACAAGAGAAAAUGGACCCAAGGUAGUGAAAGGGGAUCCAGAUAGGAGGUUCGAAGGCUCAAGGGUUUCUCACGUACCGCACCACCGUGUCACACCCACCAUUGAUGUCAGCGACAGCGCCUUGAAGUUCACACAUGUCCUCUACAACCUCUCCCCCGCAGAACUGUAUGAACAAGCGAUCAAGUAUGAGCAAGGAUCGUUCAUUACUUCGACUGGGGCGUUGGCCACUCUUUCUGGGGCCAAGACGGGUCGGUGUCCCAGAGACAAGCGUGUGGUGAAGGAUGAUAUUACUGAGAAUGAGCUUUGGUGGGGAAAGGGUUCCCCUAACAUCGAGAUGGACGAGAACAGUUUCUUGGUGAAUAGAGAAAGAGCCGUCGAUUACUUGAACUCUUUGGAUAAGGUAUUCGUGAAUGACCAAUUCUUGAACUGGGACCCAGAGAACAGAAUCAAAGUCAGGAUUGUCUCUGCCAGAGCUUACCAUUCCUUGUUUAUGCACAACAUGUGCAUCCGACCCACCCCAGAAGAGCUUGAAAAUUUUGGUACACCGAAUUUCACUAUUUAUAAUGCUGGACAGUUCCCUUGCAAUCGUUACACUCACUACAUGACAUCCUCUACUAGCAUAGAUCUUAAUCUUGCUAGAAAGGAAAUGGUCAUUCUUGGGACACAGUAUGCUGGGGAAAUGAAGAAGGGUCUUUUCAGUGUCAUGCAUUAUCUCAUGCCUAAGCGUCAAAUCCUCUCCUUACACUCUGGCUGCAAUAUGGGCAAAGAUGGGGAUGUGGCUCUCUUUUUUGGACUCUCAGGUACCGGAAAGACCACUCUGUCCACGGAUCACAAUAGGUAUUUAAUUGGAGAUGAUGAACACUGUUGGAGUGAGAAUGGCGUCUCAAACAUUGAAGGUGGUUGCUACGCCAAAUGCAUUGAUCUCUCUAGGGAGAAAGAACCUGACAUCUGGAACGCAAUCAAAUUUGGUACAGUCUUGGAGAAUGUUGUUUUUGAUGAGCAUGUACGAGAAGUUGAUUACACCGACAAUUCCGUUACAGAAAAUACUCGUGCAGCUUAUCCAAUUGAGUACAUUCCAAAUGUAAGGUUACCAUGUGUUGGUCCACACCCAAAAAAUGUCAUUCUUUUGGCAUGCGAUGCAUUUGGUGUGCUUCCACCAGUGAGUAAGCUAAGCCUGUCGCAGACCAUGUACCAUUUCAUCAGUGGAUACACAGCUUUGGUGGCAGGCACAGAGGAGGGUAUAAAGGAGCCACAGGCAACAUUUUCAGCUUGUUUUGGUGCAGCAUUUAUAAUGCUACAUCCCACAAAGUAUGCAGCCAUGCUUGCUGAAAAGAUGCAGACGCAUGGUGCUACUGGAUGGCUUGUUAACACUGGUUGGUCUGGUGGAAGCUAUGGUUAUGGAAGUCGCAUUAAACUAUCCUAUACAAGAAAAAUAAUUGAUGCUAUUCACUCUGGAAGCCUCUUGAACGCAGAGUACAAGAAGACUGAGAUUUUUGGACUUGAGAUCCCCACUGAAGUGGAGGGAGUCCCCUCUGAAAUCCUGGACCCUGAGAACACAUGGUCAGACAAAGAAGCCUACCAAGAAACAUUGUUGAAGUUGGCUGCAUUAUUCAAGAAUAAUUUUGAAACCUUCACUGAUCACAAAAUUGGCGAGGACAACAAACUGACAGAAGAGAUUCUUGCAGCUGGUCCAAAUUUUUAG